UAUGUCACUUUUGGUUGAGGUGGAGGGGGCUCUCACUGAUUGUUCAAUAAUAUAUAUGUCAUGUAUUGACGUAAAGUGAAGAGCCCAUAGUCUUUAUAUUAGUCUUGCAAGUGGCUCUGUAGUUAGAGCGCUGCGUUGCUUUCUCGUCAUGUUUUGGAUUAUAUCCAGUUUUAUACACAUGCUUUUCUUUAGUGAAGUGUUAAAUUUGCUUUUCAAGACAUUUUGAAGAAAAACCGAUUUUGAAUUAGAUCUGAUAGUCCGCUGACAAAAUAGGACUUUCCAUUCUAUUCAGAGCAAGAACUUCAACUGGAGGAGAGAAAUGAAUCAGAUCUAAGUGUGUGUUUAGCCUUGGCAACAGUAGAUCUCUGAGAAAUAUCGCAAACUAAAAACAAAUGUCAGAAUCUAUUGUGAUCUAUGGAGCCGAUACAAUACAAAUAUUAUUAUUAAAUUAAUGAUUCACUUUUUAUUCUAUUUAUUAUAAAAAAAGAAGACAAAAAAAGUGUUUAUUUUUUCUCAUGAUUUCACAAAGAGGAACUAACUCCUAUGACAAAAACUAUUAGAAGAUCAAGAGAAGUUUGUUCCCCUGAAAAAGCCCCAAGAGAAAUAUAGGUCUAUAAACAAUACCUACACUGGUGAAGCUGAAGGAGCCUACUGCCUGAAUACUUAAUGGUGCUUUACAAGUUCAGGUACUACCAGCCCGAUGAACUUGAUGGGGUCGGUAGGGAGCACCAAGACUCUCCCCGGCGAAGUUUGAGGUAUGGCCAAUACGACCAUAGCAAUUACGGUCGUAGGUAUGAUUCGGAGCCUUCCACCACCGUGGUCACGUCCAACACCCCACGUGGGGACACCCCUCCCAUUUUCCACGAGGUGACCCCAAGGACGCGUGACGCCCACAAACGCCGCAGACGUGACCAGCCCAGGCAGUUUGACCACCACGUGGGUCACAUCCACUACAUCUCGCCACGGUCGGAGCCCCCGGUCACUUACGGCGUCCCUCACCAAGGUCAGCCCCAGGAGAUGAUGAUACUAAAGACUAGAGCAAACAGCCUGACGGAACCCAGGAUAACACUGUUCGCGAACAGGAAACCCAAGAGAAUAAGACGGUCACACAGUGAGGACCACGUGUGUCCAGUGAAGUCCAGCAAAGCUAUUCCAUCAAUGUACUAUGACGAGCUUCGGUGCCCUCAGUGUGCUGCCCACAUUCAGACGUCACAGGAGGAGGUACUCGCCUACCCUUGGACUGCCCAGAGUUACAGACCCAACCAAUACAAGAGCAAUGGAGUGGAGAGAUGGCAGGCGAGGGACAACAGAUUGAGUCUUGAAGAUGUGCAACUUCCUGACACGAACGAAACCAAGGAGAAUAACUCGAUUGCUGAACACGCAUCAUAUAACAGCGGAGCUCGGAGUAGUGUCCCUUUGUCUGAAAAGAACGAUGACCGUUCAAUGGAGGGUGCCAGGAAUAAACAGUUCAAGACGAAAGGGACAAACAGAGGUCAACUUGCAGCCAGACAAGAACCCAAAGCAGCUAAGACGAGUACACAUGGAGCUAGAAAUGUUGCUGUUGCAGCUGAUGGCGCCAGGGUGGAUGUUCCCAAGGCAAGAAGCGUCGGUGACUUCACUGACUACGCUGAAAUUAGCAAAAAGUCAAGAGCUGCAAACUCCACAAUGAACAGGAUUCCGUAUUCGCCCCCACCCAGGGAGCCGCUUUCACCUGUCACUAGGCAGCCUCUGUCUGUCAUUAACGGGCAGACGUUUAGCCAGAGCCGAGGGGUCAGAGAUGACCAGGUCUCUGAACUGACUCCUCUAAAGCCAAUGUUUAGACCAGACAAUAUGGCACCAGUCAGAUCUGAGUUUAGAACCGAUGGAUUCUCUAACAAACCUUACUUGGCACAGAGCUUGUCAAGGUACAAUGCAAGGUUUGAUGAUGUUUCUCUGGUCAAGGAAGACGACGUCACGCCUUUUGACAGCAUCAGCAACGUUAUGCUUCCCCCGUUGAGGGCAAGCGAAAGUGAGUCCAUUCUAAACAGACCAACUGCAAGAACCAGGGCAGCUACGGAAGUAGACAACUCCUAUACAAGGAAUAAGUACUUUCAAAGUCUUGACCAGAACCUGCCCAAGAAGGUGGUCAUCCCGACCCCACGUCCAAAGAAAGACACGGCCAGUGAAAUAUCCCGGAUGUUGAAAGGGGAAUACUACGACAGACGUACAGGCAAACUUUAUGAGUACAACAUUAACUACUCGCCUAGAAAGAUUCACAGUGAGAGACAUCCUAACAGAUAACUCGACAGUACUAGACACACACAUCGAGCUACACAACCAUUAAGCGUUUAUUUAUAAUUAAUCAGAAGACAAGACCAGAAGCAAAGACAAGAAAAGAAGACCAGACAUCUUUAACAAGCGAGUACUUUUAUACAGCCCAGUCUAGUCACUAGUCACGGGCAGAGUGUUUGAGCAGACCAGCGUUAUAACAGAUUAACCUUUUCACCAAAUUUCGGCACAGAUCAAAGUUCAGGAAAAUGAAUAUAAUAAUAAACAAAUAAAAAAGGCAAUGAGACUACUUCCAAUAAAGCGUUAGAAAACAUCGAGAAGGGACGAGUGUUUGACACUUCGCUCCUAAUUGGCGCUCCUGGGCCUAGCGAAACUGUAUUUAUAUGCAUAGUUCGAUUGUAUGUUGUAUUGGCGCCUCAAGACAGGACCAUUUUUUUUUACCCUCUAGCUCAUCAUUCCUUAGUGCACCAAAGAUUUGAAAAAAAAAAAAAAAACUUGCAUUCUUAGAUUUGUACUAUCAAGUGUACAUUUAAAAAACAACAAAAUGCAGCAAGAGAGAAUAAGCGAGAUGAAGAAAUGUGGAAGCGAGAUGAAGAAAUGUGGAAGCGAGAUGAAGAGAUGUGGAAGCGAUGAAGAGAUGUGGAAGCGAGAUGAAGAAAUGUGGAAGCGAGAUGAAGAAAUGUGGAAGCGAGAUAGUGAAACAUAAAAGAAACAUGCAAGAAAACAAAAAAGAAAAAGACUGGGAGAGAAUAAGAAAUUAGUAAAGGAAAUAAACAGCGUCUAGGACUCCAUAUUGAAAGAAACAGUUGCCAACUAAACAAUGAAGUUACUUUUGUGUUACAAGCGAAAAGAACUGAGAAAAUUAAUUCUACAGUGCUGAAAAGUGCAUCAAAAUUAUAAUAUGUUCGCUUAUCAAUAGUUCCCCUUUUUGUAUACUCCGGAUACACCAAAAAGGCUUGCUAUUUAUAGAUUUGCUGCUGUACAUAUGAAAAUCUAUAAGAAAAAAAGUUCUAUUAGACUGUUUCUCAUUAGAUCGACUAAUUAGCCAAACAGUUUCUGGCUGUUUAAUAUUUGACGCUGUCCAAAAUAAAAAUAAUUACGUGCUAGUUUCUAUGUUUCAUUUGUUGUGAAGUAAUGUUUCUCAUCUUGCCAAGACGUGAUUUAUCUCAGCUGCUCAUAAAUCGCCCUAAAAUUCUCAACCUAAGAAAAACUGGAAAUCUAAAAAAAUAGUGCAUGGCAUGCUGGGAUAGAUGCCAGUUGAGCUCACCAGUAGAGCGUCUGGAGAUGUGUCUGAUGCUAGAGUCUACGAAAGAGUCACUUCCCCCUGGUAUCAAGCCACAGCCAUUUGAAUUCCUUAAAGAUCGAGAGGGUGGCUUUGAUCAUUGAUUGCCCCACUUCCUCUGCCUGUUACGUGUUGUACCACUGAUUCAAAAAGUGGCACCCAUGUAUUAUACCAAGCUCUAGAUUUCCCGUGAAUGUUGUUUGGCUUACUGGUUCGCACAAUGGUAUUUUACGGAACUGUGAGAAGUGAGAACCAUCAAUGUUCAGAAAAGAAAGACUUUGAGUAGUUAGUAUGUAAUAAUAAAAUGGUUCUUAUGUAUGAAUGUAAUCGCUACUAUGUAAGGAUGUAAUGAUUUUAACGUAUGGGUGUAAUAGCUAUUAUAGAAGGAUGUCAUGACAUUAUGUUAGAAUGUAAUAACUCUUAUUUAUGGCUGAACUGGACACAGUCUUUAGAUGUAUUCAGAAUCAUACCUACAUAAUGUAUACAUUUUAUGUUAGUACUUUGUAUUUUGGUAUACAUGUACUUCAUAUAUUUGUUAUGAAUUACCGCUAAAUGACUUGUUGAAACUAUAACUAUAACAUUUGGUUUACAUGCAUAUGACCUCAUGUUUUUUUUUUAAAUUCCUCUUUCAAAUUUAUGGGUGGACGGCCACUGCUUGUGUGGAUGGACAUAAAUUAGUGCUAUUGUCAUAGACAUUUCACAGUUUAUAUAUAUAUUUUGGGAAAAGGUUACUAGCUAAUAGGCCAUGCAAAGAAAACUGUGGUUUGACUGUUAUAAUUUUUCAAAAUAAAAUCAUCUUUAAAUUUAAUUUGUUCUAUUUUGAACACGCGUCAGUGGCGAUUCCCUAAUGUCUUUAGUAAAGAGUGGAUUAAAUUAAUAGACCCUCAGAAAAAUUGUGCGCAUUGUCUUAAAACUGCUAGAAAUAAUGUCUACAUUUUAUUAAUACAAAAUAUCAAUACUAUAUCUUGAACUAGAUCCAGUAUUAUUGUCUACACUACUGUCUUUUAAUGUUUCCAAGUCUAGAUCUACAUCUCUAGGCUAGAAUUUGUCUAUACUUAGAGUAGAUCUAUACAUAAGCGUAAACAGUUUUUUUUUGGUGUGUGUUUGGGGGGUGGGAUGAGUUUUGUUUAUUCUAGAGCCUAUGUUAGUGUAAUUUCUAUUCCCAACAAGAAACAGUUUUCAUGUUCAUGUCUGGUUCUAGUGUCUUGUUCUAAUGUCUUGUUCUAAUGUCUUGUUCUAAUGUCUGGUUCUAAUGUCUGGUUCUAAUGUCUGGUUCUAAUGUCUGUUUCUAAUGUCUGGUUCUAAUGUCUUGUUCUAAUGUCUUGUUCUAAUGUCUAGUUCUAAUGUCUGGUUCUAAAUGCCUGGGUCUAAUGUCUGGUUCUAAUGUCUGGUUCUAAUGUCUGGUUCUAAUGUCUGGUUCUAAUGUCUUGUUCUAAUGUCUGGUUCUAAUGUCUGGUUCUAAUGUCUGUUUCUAAUGUCUGGUUCUAAUGUCUUGUUCUAAUGUCUUAUUCUAAUGUCUUGUUCUAAUGUCUGGUUCUAAAUGCCUGGGUCUAAUGUCUGGUUCUAAUGUCUGGUUCUAAUGUCUGGUUCUAAUGUCUGGUUCUAAUGUCUGGUUCUAAUGCCUGGUUCUAAUGUCUGGUUCUAAUGUCUGGUUCUAAUGCCUGGUUCUAAUGUCUGGUUCUAUUGUCUGGUUCUAUUGUCUGGUUCUAAAUGCCUGGGUCUAAUGUCUGGUUUUAAUGUGAUUCCAAGAGUUUGUUCUUAUUUCUGUCUUAUUGUAUGUUUGUGUCGAGAUGAAACGAUACUAACAAAGUGUAUUACAUAUGAAUUGACACUUAAGUAGUACAAAAAUGUUAUAAUUCUGAGAAUUUUUAAAUAUUUUUUGUCAUGUUGUUUUUUAUCUGUUAGUAUUUCUGCACUCGCUCUCCCUGAGACAAUUAAAAACGGAUGCUAUCUGUGGAUGAAAUAUCUGUGACGUGAGAAUGGAAUGCUUGCAUGUUCAUUUGUUUAAGAUUGUAAUGAAUCUUUAUCGCCACUUGAAAUUUUCACUAUAAAUUUAAAAUACUGUAA